AUGGAGGAAACAAGAACAAAAAGGGGAGAAGUGAUCCAAAAGCCCAGCAUGGUUGUUCGCUACAACAAGGGUAUGAGUGGGAUUGAUCGCAGUGAUCAAAUGAUCUCUUAUUAUUCCACUCCUAGAAAGUCUCUUCGGUGGUACAUAAAAAUAUUUUUCCACCUGCUAGAUGCUGACGAAAUCGAGGCUCUGCGCUCCAUAUAUGGAGACCAGUGGCAGAACGAAGACGAGCUAGCGGGGGCGUACCGUGUGGAGGUCACGGAGGGGAGAUGUGAAGCAGCGCUUCACAUCAAACUACCCCCUCAAUACCCAUGCAGUGCGCCCCCACAGUACCAGCUCUCCGCUCCAGCGCUGACCCGGAGUGAAAAGCAGAGUCUCUCAGCUAGACUGGAGAAUAUUUAUCUGGAGAACGUUGGUGAAAGUGUAAUCUACCAGUGGGUGGAGGCACUUAGGGAGUUUCUCCAAGAUAGAUAUGUCUCCGGUAAUAACUUAAAAUUAGUAGAGAAAGUUGAAGAUUCCAGCAGCCCAAAACUCAGCAACAACAAUAACCUGAAAAUCACCCAUGGGGAACCCGUCAUCGAUCGGAGAAGCAUUUUUCAGGCUCAUGCGGCCCAUAUAACUUCGGUGGAGCAGGUCAAGGAGGUGUUAUCGACGUUGCUGGCUAACAAGAAGAUUGGCCAAGCAACGCAUAACAUUUAUGCGUACCGAGUGCUCCACGAAGGCUGCAUGGCUCAGCACUGCGACGAUGACGGGGAGAAGGCUGCUGGGGGGCGACUCCUUCAUUUACUGCAGGCUACGGGAGCCACUAACGUGAUGGUGGUGGUGUCUCGCUGGCGUGGAGGAGUCAACAUUGGCCCAGACCGCUUUCGCCACAUUAACAGUGUGGCGAGGCAGGUACUGCAGCAGCUGGGAUUCGUUAAGAAGAAGUAGCGACAAGAUCCUGCUGAUACGCUAGAGAAGUGUGUACGCGCGAGUGUGUGUGUGUGUGUGUAUGUGUAUGUGUGUGUGUGAG